CCACACUUAGAAGCUCUGAGAACCCAAACUUGAUGAUGGCUAGCCUAAAAUUCUGGUUCUGUCUUUUGCUGGUCUUGCUUUCAUUUUCAAGUUCUGAUCAAGCCCGUCCUCUUGCACCAUUGUUAGACAAGAGCAACAACAGAGAGGCCAUGAUGGAGAGUGCCAAACAAGUGUUGGGGGCUAGCAUCGAAAGACAAGUUGGAAAGCUUUUUGAGACGUCCAAAAGAGUGAGUCCGGGAGGACCCGAUCCCCGACAUCAUCUUUAGUCUCUCCCGACAUGAAGCAUUCGAGUUGCAUUAGGCUUUUACAAGAAUAAGUGUUGUUUAUUGUAAGCCUUACGUAUCAUGAGAGUCCAACGCAACAGAUCAGGCGUGUACAAGUUUUCUUCAUUACUAGUUAUUUAGUGCAAUCUA